AUGGGUGCUUGUUGUAGCAAUAAAAAUUCUAAUAAGAUUAUUAAAAAUCCUUAUGGUAUUUAUCUUUAUCAAAUUGAUAAGCAGAUUAAGAUGAUUAUGAGGAAUUGAGUGGAGAGAUGAAAGAAAUUUUAGAAUUAUAUUUGAAUUGUGAAAGGAAUUCUCCAUAAAAUAAAAAUUUAGCAGAAUCAAAUUAAUUGAAACAUAGUUUAGAAUAACCAAAUACACCAUAUUUUAAGAAUUCAUUUGAUUGUGAUGAUAAAUUUUAGUAAUUGAAAUAAUCGAAAUAAGUUGAAGAGUUAAUAGUAAAUGAAAUUAAGAUUUAGGAAGCGUUCUUCUCAUAAGAAUAGUGAAAAGUUACCUCCUGUUGAGGAAGAAAACGAAUAAUAAAGAUAGUAUGAAUAAUCAGAUCAUCCUAUAUUUUAAUAUAAAUGUCUAAUUUGUUAGAAUGAUCAUAAGUGGAUUCAUACAUGCAAUUAAGAGUUGAUGUAUAAUGAGGAUAAUAUGAUAGUAUGUGAGAAAUGCAAAUUCAAAUAAAAAAUAACUGAAUAUGAUUUUAUUUGUCAAAAGACAUAAUAAAAAUUUAGAUUCACAACAGAAUAAAUAAAAGAUCUGGAAUUAUGA